GUACUAAGUUUAGUGAAUUAGAAACAGCUUAACCUAGGCAGUUGCAAUUCUUGUUCCAAAAAUGCUCAAUUUGCUGCUACACUGGCAUGGACACUUGCUACCUCCUUGUUUUGAGUCAUUAACAAAAUGUUGAAUGGGAUAUCUGGAGUAUCAAGUAAUUGUUGACUUUUUGGUCACCCAACCCCCUUGCAUCUUAAUGUCUUGGCACUUAAGAGUUGGCAUAUUAUUUCAGUACAUAUCUAACCUUAUGUACUCCUCACAGGACCCUAAUGAGGUUGGUAUUGAUGAAGAAACUGGGUCCCAAAAAGGUGAUGGAAUUUAUCCGAAGCUCCAGGAAGCUUCUUUUUACCAUGGCUCUGUUUCUUGAGGUUAAAGAACAUGAUUUACCAGGCUCUGUUUCUUGAGAGACCAAGAGUGGAUCCCUGUAGCCCCCAUUAGAAUUCUCCUUCUAGGUUAAACUAUUCCAUUAGUAAACACUUUUUGGCAUGUUAUUUAAACAAUUACAAAAUCACCUAACUACACUGUCUUGCAGCUGCCUUUCUUUCUUUAUCUUGUCCACAUGAGUAUAUUGGGAGACUUUGUUUAAUGUCUCCAUAAAUUCUAGAUUGACUGUUCCUGCAGCAUUUCUUUUUUUAAAUUUUGUUUUGAUAAGCAUUUAUUUUGGCAAUGAUUCUAGUAAAUGAAACUAAAAUGCCCAUAUGAAAAACAAUCUUAAGUCUAUGUGGUUAGUUUGAAGUUACCAGUUUUUAAUUAAGCCAGAGUAGCCCUUAGUAUGAAUGCCUUCAUUUCUAAGUGCUCAUAAACAAUCACUUUAGUAAUAUUACAGUUUUGAAGGAAUUUAUAUCAAGCUUAAUGGCACUUUUUAAAAGAUAGGAAAGUGGGUUCUCUAGUCACAUCUGUAAGUUAUUUCAGUGCCUUGGAAGAUCAUUUAUCUGGCCACAGAUACUUGACUUACUUACAUCAGUUUUUGUUUGUUUGUUUGUUUGUUUGUUUGUUUGUUUUUUGAGAUGGAGUCUCGCUCUGUUGCCCAGGCUGGAGUGCAGUGGCAUGAUCUCGGCUCACUGCAACCUCCACCUCCUGGGUUCAAGCCAUUGUCCUGCCUCAGCUUCCCGAGUAGCUGGGACUACAGGCACCCAACACCACGCCUGGCUAAUUUUUUUGUAUUUUUUAGUAGAGACGGGGUUUCACCAUGUUAGCCAGGAUGGUCUCGAUCUCCUAACCUUGGCCUCGGCCUCCCAAAGUGCUGGGAUUACAGGCGUGAGCCACCACACCCGGCCACUUAUAUCACUUUUAUGCUUCCUAUCUCCUUAUUGAUCUUGAGGUUUAAGUUUCACUUAACCAUUUUCUUCAAUGAAAAAGAAUUUUAUAAUUUAAAAAACCUCAACCUUUAAUAUUCUAUGAUUCUUGUUAGGCCAUCUCAAUUGAGAAUACUGAUAAAGAAGUAAAACUCCCCCCAAUACUGGCUAGUUUGAUUUUAUCUGUUAAUAUUACGCAAUCUGUCCCAAACCUGUCUCUCCCUUUUUAUUGUUACUUAUCCAAAGAUGGCUUGAAUCUCUUAUGGCUUGAAUCUCUUUGUUUAUUCUAAGCAAUUUUCAGACACCUCAGCCAACUAUCAAUAAUAUAUUAGUUUUUUAGAACUAAAAAUGUAGAGGAUCUCCCCCUAAAAGCCAAUUGUUAAUGCCAAAUAUUUGACUGAUAUAUUUCUUCUGGAGGAAGGGAGAUGUGAAAAAAUUUAGCCAUCAAGUUAUGUGAAAACUUUUUCAUCUUCCCAUCCACUGGAUGUUUUAUCUGUAAAUAAUGCUAUAAUCAUAUUGGAAAGUAUUUUCCUUCUGGGGAUGCAUGAAGAUCAGGAAUCCUAUUCGUUUUUAACAAGAUGGAAUUUUUAAAAACUACUUUGGACAACUCUAAACAUCAGAGAUGACCAUUUGUCUCUCUUUUAUUAUAUAACUUGUGCUCAGUUUGUAGAGCAACAUAAAUACAUGAAUUAAAAAAUGAAAACUAGCUCCUUCCCUAUUUGACAGAUACUUCUCAACCUCCUCUCCAUAAGAUAUGCUCUAUCCCUAUAUAGGAAAUUUUUCUGUAGCAGCUUGAGUUUACUAAAAAUAAGAUCUGAAGAAAAUGAAGCAAUUAACAUUUAUUGAGAGUCUAUAAGGGUUUCUACAUUGUGAAGGAGACAGAAAUAUAAGACAUGGCUCCUGCUUUCAGGUUGCUUAUAAUUAAAGAGAUAAUAUUAAAUUAUUUGGAUGAAUUUAAAAAUGACACAUGCCAUCUUACAGAUAUGCUGUAGACUGUGAAAAUGAAAAAAAAACUCGUGUUUAGAGUAGACACUGUUUCAUGGAUUAGGUAGGUUUUCAUCUGGACUUUGAAAUGUAUGUAAGAUUGUAUAAGGAGGAGAGAAAAUAAGAAGCUGUUUGUAUUAGAAUUACACAGAUAAAUUUGUAAAUUUAGUUCUUUUCAAAGAACAUUAAUUGAGCACCUCUGUGCCAAGCUCCCUACUGGAUGCUGUAGAUUACAGCAUGUUUAGGAACUAACUUCAUACUCUGUUGCUAAAGUAUUUCUGUGUUUUCUAAAAAGGUAAAUCUCUUGUGAGGAAACAAAUCUCUUGAAGGGGUUCUCAUAACAGAAGUCCCAUUUACUUCAUGAUAUAAAAAGGGGCUGUUUUUUGGUUUUGUUCUCAAAAUGUAGGAUAUAGUUCUAGAAGUAAUUGGGAAAGCUUAACUUUGUUGCAUACGCAUCUUCCCUAUCAUGGUUGAUUUCCUAUAUGGCAUAGUUAAAUGUGCUUAUCCGUGUUUUAUAUCUAAAGGGCCAUGCUACAUAUAGACUGCCAACUAAGGUUUUAUCUGAUGAUAAUAAAUUGUUGUAUUUCACGACGACAGCAACAGCAACAAUAAUGUACUUAACUAGUCACUGUGCAAAUUGCUUUACAUACAUUUUCUCAUGUAAUCAUAAUAACCCUAUGAGUUUUGCUUACUAUUGUUUUCCUUAAUUAAAAUGAGUAAAGUGAAGCUUAGGCUAAGUAACAUAACUUAGGCUAAGUUAUGGAACUUAGGCUAAGUCCAUAGCCACACAGUUGGUCACUGGCAGUCACUGGCAGGAGUGUGACUGACUCCAAAGUCUAUAUUCCUAAUUACUGUGUUCUACUUUUUAAUAGGGAGCUCUUGAAGGUCCAAGGAAAGGAAUGCAUAAUGGUGUGGUCAAGGCAUUAGUGUUAAUAUUUGUAGAAAGAGUAAUUAACAACAGUCUGAGCAAUCACAUUCUAACAACUAGUAAGGUUGGCAGGAGCCUCAGUAUAAUGGUAUGAGGAACGAAAUCAUUAUAGUGCCAAAUAGAGUAUACCAUCUCUUUAGUACAAUGUCUUUCAAAACAAGGCUGAUUGUGUUGGCUUUAUGUUUGACUCCUUAAUAAUUAAGGCAGUAAAUUCUAGUUGGAGCUAAAUACCUACAAGGCCUAAAACAGCAUAAUGGACAACCUGGCAGGUGUCCUUGCUGGAAGAUGACAAGAGUGCUGAAAGGAGAGGCCUGGUUUUUCUCCCAAGACAUGACAUUUGGGGGCUUCCAUUAAAAAAUCACCAAGCCUCUGCCACUGUAAUCUCUUCCUUAAGUGCCUAUGAUUUUUUCACAGUCACAGGUCUAUGCCUGGUCAAUACCCAGUGGCCAGGUCUCUGAGCUGUGUGCAGAGAUGGCAGCGACUUGGAGGGCUGGGAGGAGAUGAGGGGAGGAAAGAUCACUUUUCAUGACAACUUACAACUUGAUUCCACUUAUAAGCCAUUUAUUUUCAGAAACAAGUAAUGGGUGAGGACAUAGGCCAGGUCCACAAUUUGUGCACUUGAGAGAUUAAGGCCUCCGAGAUCAAAUUACCACAGCAAACUGAGACAGAAUUAUUGUAGGGAUGUUUGGGGAGGAUGCAGAGAGAAGAGGAAGAAGCCAGAGACCCAAGAAAGGAGACAGGAAUAGAUUUUGAUGAAAAUUGCUUCCUACUCUGUACCCUUGAGGAAACAAAGAGGACAAAUAAGAAGCAGCAGUGAUAGGAGGCUGGGCGUUUCUCUGGAAUAACACUGGCUAGGUAGUGGAGCAUUGAUAGUGAGUGUGCUUGGUCGGUGGAACGAAGGGAUGUGCUAGUUCAGGCCUUUGAAUUCUGGGUGUCAGGAUCACAACCUUGGCUCCUUUAACUGUCCGCUCUAGGAGGGAAGCAUGCCAAAUGUCAGGUCUCACUCUGUCUUUGUUCCAGUCCAUAGCUAGAAAAUGACCCAUAGAGGAAGAUCUACAGAUGAGAGAAUACUGGGAGAUGAAGAGAAAGGACGUUUUAGUGAGUGCUUUUUUUGCACAUGAGGCAAUAGAUUUCAAAUUCCUGUGGAAGAAAUGUGAGAACCUGGGAAGAGUGAAUAUUCAGAACUGAGCAGCAGAGGCAAUGACACAGCAUGGAAAGAUUUCCUCUGAUCCUUCUACCUUCUCUUUUACUGAAGUGAAUUUGUUGUCUCUGCGUUGCCUCUAUAGCAGUACAAGAGGAAACUUGGGGACACAGAAGAACAGAAGUCUAAGGAGUCUUAUAUUUAAGGAAGAUAAGCUGCAGUCAUUGAAAUUGCUGGUUAUUGUAAGAUAAAUCCCAGACUCCCACAUUUUGCUUAAUGACAGCAGAUUUUUUUUUUUUUAACUGCAAAGCAUUAAUGGAAUCCAAAUUCCAGCCUGGCUUAGGAGAUCAACAGUAACGCUCUUGAUUUAAUGGUUUUGCAGACUCUUGAAGACAUUGUCAUCCAUUAAAGAAAAAAUUUUAAAUUACUCUUGAAAGAAAAUGUCUUGGGUGAUAAAUGUAAAAGAUUUGAAGCAAGAUUAGAAAAAGCUUGAGAGAAGAAUCUCUUUAAAAAUUUUACCAAAUUUUCCCCACUGUCGCCAAAAUGGGUCAAAUAAUAGAUUUGCCUACAGCUUCAUGGAGACUAUUUUUUUAAACAGAGCAUUUUAAACAUGUAAAUAUUGGUUAUUUGCCAAGGCACACACUGAAAAUAAGGGCCACUUGGCCGAGAGCAGAAUUGAGUCUUGGAUCCCAGGAUGCUGGUUUUAGGCUUGCUCCCGGAAAGAGGGCAGCAUUUGCCAUCCCCCUCCUUUUGCCCUAGGAGUUGAGCACUUUCUGCAGUUCUUAAGAGUGUCCAGGGAAGAUGUGGGAGUCAGGUGAAUAGUUCCCAUCGCCAGUAACCCCAGAGCGCCUCCCCCUGCGUUGUUUCCUUUUAAUGUUAGAUCCGCCGCCUGGGUGCCCAUACUUAGCUAAGGCCCCUCAGUUUAUUUUCCUGAAUUGCGCUUGGAGAUCUUUUCCUGGGGAGCUGAUAGCCAGACUUCUAGGGGCUUGACUGCUUUUCCCAGACUAAUCUCCUUAAAGACCCGUUAAGCAGGGGAGAGACGGUGGAGCCUCGAUGAACUGGACAGUGGGGGUAGGGAGAAAGGGAGUGGCCGUGUUCCUGCGGUCCGCUGGGAUCCGGCAGGUCCAGGGUGAAGGAGAUGGGGCUGGAGAGGCUGAGCAGUCCGGGUUCGCUGUCCGCCACUUCGGCGCGGAAUCAGAGCAGGACUUGCUGAGCCCUCCUACCCCUCCCUUUCCCCCUCCCCCUCUGUCUUCCCUUCUGUUUCCUUUUCCCUCCCCCUGGAGCUGUAGCGGCAGCAGCAGCAGGAAGCCGAGCCGGGUUGAGCGACUCGGUGGCGAGAGUAGGAGCUGGAAUAUGGGGAGUCAGCGAGGACGGUGGGGCCAGGAGCCCUUGGCAGGGCCUAUGGAGGGAGCGGCCCCAGGCGCUUGCUAGAGCGUGAGCGGUGGGGGAGCGGGCGCAGGGUGGCACGAGCGGAGGCGGGGCCCGGGCGUGGGGCACGGCUGGGGAAGCUGCCGCCUCCGGCCCUGCCCGGCUGCCUCCGCCGCGGCCAGUGGCUAUGGAGCAGGCGGGCACCAGACCUGCGGCGACAGAGCAUCCACGGCUCCGGCGGCCCAUGCCCUGGCUGCUGCUACUGCCUCUCCUGCUGCUGUUGCUGCUGCUGCUACCUGGCCCAGCGGCCUCCCAGCUGCGAUACUCCGUGCCAGAGGAGCAGGCACCCGGCGCGCUCGUGGGCAACGUGGCUCGCGCGCUGGGGCUUGAGCUGCGGCGCUUGGGGCCGGGUUGCUUGCGCAUCAACCAUCUGGGUGCGCCCAGUCCGCGCUACCUGGAGCUGGACCUGACGAGUGGAGCGCUCUUCGUCAACGAGCGCAUUGAUCGGGAGGCGCUGUGUGAGCAGCGGCCUCGCUGCCUGCUCAGCUUGGAAGUGCUGGCGCACAACCCCGUGGCGGUGAGCGCCGUUGAGGUGGAAAUACUGGACAUCAACGACAACUCACCGCGUUUCCCGCGGCCCAACUACCAGCUUCAGGUAAGCGAAUCGGUGGCGCCUGGAGCGCGCUUUCACAUAGAGAGUGCGCAGGACCCCGACGUGGGCGCCAACUCAGUACAGACCUACGAGCUCAGCCCCAGCGAGCACUUCGAGCUGGACCUUAAGCCCCUGCAGGAGAACAGUAAAGUGCUUGAGCUGGUGCUGCGUAAGGGCCUAGACCGGGAGCAGGCAGCCUUGCACCACCUGGUUCUCACAGCCGUGGAUGGGGGCAUCCCAGCCCGCUCGGGUACGGCACAGAUCUCUGUGCGUGUCCUGGACACUAACGACAACUCUCCUGCCUUUGACCAGUCCACUUAUCGCGUCCAGCUACGGGAGGACUCACCCCCAGGCACAAUGGUGGUGAAGCUGAAUGCCUCAGACCCGGAUGAGGGCUCCAAUGGUGAGCUCAGGUACUCCUUGAGCAGCUACACGUCGGACCGGGAGAGGCAGCUCUUCAGCAUAGAUACCAGUACCGGGGAAGUGCGAGUAAUUGGGGGGCUGGAUUAUGAGGAAGCCUCCUCCUACCAGAUCUAUGUGCAGGCGACUGACCGGGGUCCAGUGCCCAUGGCAGGUCACUGCAAGGUGCUGGUGGACAUCGUGGACGUGAAUGACAAUGCCCCAGAGGUGGUGCUCACGGACCUGUAUAGCCCAGUGCCUGAGAAUGCUACACCCAACACCAUUGUGGCGGUUCUCAGUGUCAAUGACCAAGACUCAGGCCCCAACCGGAAAGUGAGCCUGGGUCUGGAGGCCACACUGCCUUUCCGGCUGAAUGGCUUUGGAAACUCCUAUACACUGGUGGUGAGCGGCCCACUGGACCGAGAGCGGGUGGCUGUCUACAACAUCACGGUGACAGCCACAGAUGGGGGAAUACCACAGCUCACAUCCCAGCGUACACUGAAGGUUGAGAUCUCUGACAUCAAUGACAAUCCACCAAGCUUCCUGGAGGACUCCUAUUCCAUCUACAUACAGGAGAACAAUUUGCCAGGUGUGUUGCUCUGUACUGUGCAAGCCACAGACCCAGAUGAAAAGGAGAAUGCAGAGGUGACCUACUCCCUUCUGGAGAGGGAGAUUCAAGGGCUGCCAGUCACCUCCUAUGUCUCCAUUAACAGUGCCAGUGGCAGCCUUUAUGCUGUCAACUCCUUUGACUAUGAGAAGUUUCGGGAGUUCUUUGUGACUGUGGAGGCUCAGGACAAGGGGAGCCCACCACUGAGCAGCACUGUGACUGCCAACGUGUAUGUGGUGGACAUGAAUGACCAUGCCCCUCACAUUCUGUACCCUACCUCAACCAACUCAUCAGCAGCCUUCGAGAUGGUGCCUCGAACUGCCCCUGCUGGCUACCUGGUCACCAAAGUCAUAGCCAUGGACUCAGACUCUGGGCAAAAUGCUUGGCUUUUUUACCAUCUAGCCCAGACUUCUGACCUGGACCUCUUUAAGGUAGAGCUGCACACAGGAGAAAUUAGGACUACCAGGAAGAUGGGAGAUGAGAGUGGUAGCACUUUCAACCUGACCGUGGUGGUCCGAGAUAAUGGAGAGCCAUCACUAUCAGCCUCUGUGGCCAUUACAGUAGCUGUGGUGGAUAGGGUUUCCAAAAUCCUCCCUGACACUCAGAGGCAUGUUAAGAGCCCUCGGACAUACUCUGAAAUUACCCUUUAUCUAAUAAUAGCAUUAAGCACAGUGUCUUUUAUAUUUCUUUUGACAAUCAUCAUUUUGAGCAUCAUCAAGUGCUACCGCUACACUGCGUAUGGCACUGCAUGCUGUGGAGGCUUCUGUGGAGUAAGGGAAAGGUCCCCUGCAGAACUGUACAAACAAGCCAACAACAAUAUUGAUGCCAGGAUACCGCAUGGCCUCAAAGUGCAGCCUCACUUCAUUGAAGUUCGAGGGAAUGGCUCCCUCACCAAGACCUACUGCUACAAGGCCUGUCUGACAGCAGGCUCAGGGAGUGACACUUUCAUGUUUUACAAUACAGGGGCCCAGACAGGACCAGGGCCUUCGGGAGCCCAAGCAGCAGUGACUGACAGCAGGAACCUCACAGGCCAAAGUGGUCAGAAUGCUGGGAACCUGAUUAUUCUCAAAAAUGAGGCUGUUUCUCAAAAUGAGCCACGACAGCCCAACCCUGACUGGCGUUACUCUGCCUCCCUGAGAGCAGGCAUGCACAGCUCUGUGCACCUAGAGGAGGCUGGCAUUCUACGGGCUGGUCCAGGAGGGCCUGAUCAGCAGUGGCCAACAGUAUCCAGUGCAACACCAGAACCAGAGGCAGGAGAAGUGUCCCCUCCAGUCGGUGCGGGUGUCAACAGCAACAGCUGGACCUUUAAAUACGGACCAGGCAACCCCAAACAAUCCGGUCCCGAACCUAAAAAGCAGACCCAAGUUUCCUUUCUCCUCCGCCGCAAAGGAGAGGCUUCCCAGCCCCGCCAGUGAGAGGUUGGACUCUCUGCCCUGUGCUCCGGGGAUCCUGUCUUGAUGACACUUGCAGGGCAGGCUGAAAAGUUUUGAGAUUGAGCAGCUUGGGUGUUUGCGGCCACUGGGUAUGUGUGGCUACCGCGGGUAUGCGAGUGCCAGAUAUUGGCUGAGACGAGCCAGCUUAGACUAAUUGGUACAAGGGAGGCAAGAAAACAAAGACAAAUAAACAGCGGAAGUUAUCAGUAUGGAGGGGAAGUGUAAACUUAAAGGGACCAGACUUUCUAAAUCUUACAACUCAAGAGGUGGCGGCCACCCUCUAGGAGACAAAACUACCCCCACUGACAAGGCUUUAGGAGACCCUAAAGUCUGUUGGCUGUGACUUCAUUAUACCUAAAAUCUGCAUCAUACCUGCAAGCCAACAGUUCAGUGUUUUAACAGAGAACCACCCUGGGAAACAGAAGCAGAUCUGAUGUGUUUCCUAUACAUGUCCUGUGCUCACUUUAUUAAAAAUUCUUUUGCACACAAUGUUUAUGAAAAGGCCAGAUCCUUUUCCAAUACUUAUGCAAAAGCAAAAGAAAACCCCGACACCUCACCUUUUGCUGUUUGUUGUUUCAUAGAUUUAUUUAAAAAAAGAGAAAGUCUAUAGCUAUAAAUCUUUAAAGAGAAAUAUGAAUACAAUUCCCCUAAACUCUCCUCAAAAGAGAAUUCAGUCUACAGCCAUUUAAAUGAUCAUUGCUGCUACAGAAGUGCUUUAAGAGAAUUGCCUGAAACAUCUGUAUUAUAUCGGCCACCUGCCAAUCACAGCUUUACUCUUUCAGGUCACUCUGGGGCUGCCUCUUGCAUGUAUUACUAAAUAAAAUGAUCUCUCUUUCUCUCUCUCUCUCUUUUCUAAGAAACAAUUAUGUGCACUUUGAUACACAACCUUCUCUAACCAACUAUAUAUCAAGACCCAAAAAUUGAAUAAAAAUAUUGUUUUCUCAUACAGUGAGCAGAUUUUUCAAUCUACUAAUUCUGUGACUUGUCUUGGUGUGCUAGCCUACACCUUCUCUUUGGUUUAGUUUUCCUUUUCUAUAACACUCUGAAUUGCUAAUCUUACUAACACCUAUGAUGUUACCUGAAAUCAAUCUCCCAUAUGUAUGCUGUAUGCUAUGCUAAGACUCCUGAAAUAUACUUACUCUGUGCUUGUGUAUGUGAAUGUUAAUGCAACUAUUACCUAGAGUGAACUUUAAGCUUUAUUGUUGAAUGUAAUUCCAUUAUAUUUCCUUUUGUACACCUGUGAAAAAGUGGAGUAGUGUUUUUUUAACCAUUGUUAAUCAGCUUUUGUGUAUGAAAGACACAGUAAAAUUUCUUUCUUAAAUCAA